GGCUUGGGAUGUUGAGUCCAGGAAGUGGGCGUUGAAAGGUGCAGCUAGAGGUGCCGCACACAAUUGCAGAUUUGAGAUGUCGCCUACAUUCGUGUGGAAAAGUAGAAGAAUGACACGCACCGUGUGGAAGGUGUAAUGACGAGUGCGCAAAGAAAGUAUUAAAAGAAGAGAAAAGUACACCGUGACACGUCAGCGCUGUUCGGACUCGGUUCAUGUGAAUGACAGCUUGGAUAAUAAAGAAUGCCGAAAACGCGUAGUGCUGAGGACAAAAAGUAAACGGCUGCUGCAACUUUAUGUCAAUGCAUUUAAAAUAUCAUCUGCAUAUUUGAAUUUUACUGGAAUGCAUUUCAAGAGACAAGGCAAGACGGUGCUAAAAUGGUGGCUGACUUUGUGCUCAAAUAAUAAAUGGGAGUAAUGAUUUACUCGCCUGCGAUGUGGUUUUAAUUACGCGACUGUGAGUUGUUGGCCGCCGGCCCCGUACGGCCGCAGUUGGGCGCGCCAUUUGGAAAGGCAGUGCUUUACUUUUAUUUUCCAUUACUGUAAACGUACAUUAACAUGAAAUGACCAACAUGGGGAAAUGCAAGCCGCCCAAGCCCACGCCGAUUGGGUCCAAAAUUGUUCUUUUGCAACAAACCAAGUGAGACGGACAGAAAACGGGAAAGGGAGCUACGGAGAGAGACGGGCCCAACUAAAUGUGCCACUGUCCGCUGCUCCUGAGAUGUCGCUGGCCAGGAUACGCUUUGACCCCAGGCUUUCUCGCUGUGCUCGCUGAAAGAUGAACAUCUGUGGUAGGAAUCCCAACAGGACAGCUCCCGAAAAGGAAGAUGGAACUCCAUAUCCUACUGAUCUGCCACAGUGCUCCAGGACAAAUGGAUGGAGCUGGCCGCCCCAUCCUUUCCAGCUUCUUGCUUGGCUUCUCUAUGUCUUCUUUGCCAUCCUGGGCUUUGGUGUGUUUGUGCCUCUGUUGCCACAUCAUUGGAUACCUGCUGGGUAUAUUUGCACUGGUGUUAUGUUUGUUUGCCACUUGUUUGUUCAUCUCUCAGCCGUCACCAUUGAUCCUGCAGACAGGAAUGUCCGAGCAAAGAAAUAUAAAGGGCCAGUUCCAGUGUUUGACCGCACCAAACAUGCACACGUGAUUGAAAACUGCCACUGCUACCUUUGCGAAGUAGACGUGAGCGCCAAAUCCAAACACUGCAGCACAUGCAACAAAUGUGUUGCUAGUUUUGACCACCACUGUAAAUGGUUAAACAAUUGUGUGGGCAGCAGGAACUACUGGUUCUUCCUGAACAGUGUGAUUUCAGCUCUGCUGGGAAUUCUUGUGGUCGUCAUCAUCUCUUUUUAUGUGUUUAUACAGUUUUUUAUAGAUCCUGCCAUACUCCGUUCUGAUAAGCACUUUCAAGGAAACAGCAAUGAAACAGAUAUCUGGUAUGUUUUCCUGCCGAUUUCUCCUGUGUUGACAACAGCGCCGGCCAUUUUGUCUCUGGCUGGCAUUACUACGUUCCUAGGGCUUCUCUCCAUCUUCCUCCUGGCACACCUGCUCUGCUUUCACAUCUAUCUCAUGUGGAAUAGACUAAGCACAUAUGAGUAUAUUAUGAGGCAGAGACAUCGCCAGGAGGAGAAAACCACCGAAAAUGACUAUGAAGGCAAUGAUUCUGUACCUUCAAAACUCAAGCCAAUGAAGGAUGUUGGCUACUCAGGGACAUUAGGAUAUACCAUUCCUGAAAUAUUGGUGGAAGAUCCAGCUGCCAUGAUAACAUCUGGAAAACAGGUCAAGAAUUUCCACAAAAAUGGAGCCCUGGGGAACUCCACCAGCAGUAAGUCUGACACAGAUCCUGUUCCAGCCAUUCCUGAUGAAUACCAGCAUUCCAGCAAACUGAGGAAAUCAAGCAGUGAGAAAAAAAGAAAGAAAAAAGUCCACAAGCAGCCAUCAGAAGUUAUCAAUGAUCGAUUACUGGAGAAUAGUUUAAACACCUUACCAACAGCCUGUCCUUCUGAUUCAGAUUCUCCCAAUGGUGCUGUUACCACUGCUGCCUCUCAGAGCCUGAUGCUCCCAAUCCCAGCCUUUCCACAAAGAGAAAUACUACCUCCCAUGAUGCCUGACAACAUAAACGCAGUUCAGCCGGCUGGGCCACCUGCUGAAUAUAAUUCUGAUUCUGCAGAAUCAAUGGACGAGAUCCCUGUGGCACAGACCCGCUUGGGCAGCACAGCACUCAGUGGCACCAGCAGCAAUGGAAGUCAUCGACAAAGUAUACAGAGCUGCCUGGGGAGCGCACGGCCAAACCUUCACCCUAAGCCUCACCACCAAGUGGAUGUCCGGGAUUCUCGGCCACAGCCUCCUUUACCUUUGUCUCAGCUCAAGGCUAAACGGAAAAUCUCUAAGAGCACAUUGACACCAGAAGAUAAAUUUGAGCUGAUAAAUCAAACUCCCACAGUAUACGUGACUAAGAGUAGUGGGGAAUUCACGGUAAGUGCCACCAACGUCAAAGCCUCUUCAGGGCGUAGCAGCCGAAAAAGGAAUGGCAAGCGAAUGCAGGAGGGCACGAACAAUAUGGACAUGAAUUUGGGGGAUCCAGGUGUCUUAUCGUAAAAACAAUAAAAGCAUUUUGGAGAAUCGGCCUAGAGUAGCAGUGUGCUUGUCAUCACUCACAAUAAACACUGAGUAGGUUAUAUUCAGUUUUUCUUUACUCUUUAAAAAAGGUAUCUGCAGGCAACUUUUUGUCCCCACCCUGUAAAUUGGUAAAUAUUUCUUAAAUACUGAAUACUUUUGAAUGUCUGGGUUGAGUUCACGAAGGUUUUUGAAGCGCAGAUGGCUGAAACUCAUUGGAAAACACUAAUUGUUUUCUUCAGGCUGUGUGAAGGCAUGGCGAAAGUUAACAGCUACCUACCUGUGGUCCGCUGCAGUUCAGUUGUACUUCACUGCAUUAAAACGAUGUAACGGUACAGUUGACAGCUGCUGGUGCACAUAAGACCCUGCAUAUGUUGGAAAUGGUUUGAUGGUGUCGAGUGGGUAAUGAGAGCAUACUGAUAAAUUGGGAUUUGUUUGUUCAGAGAUGGCAUUCUGAGAAUUUGUGGCACACUGGAGCUGAGAGGGUGUUUGACCUGAACUCGCAUCUAGAAGUCUGCGUGCUCGGUGGGCUGAGGCUCGUUGAACCCAGAAGAACUUACCGAGCGGCAGCAUCAGGCACAAAUACCCUGACCUUUCUUUCAGUGCCCUGUUUUGUGGUACAUUUAAAACUUUUAUUGUAAUGACUGCCUGAAUGCUAAAGUGUAAAAUAAGAGCUCCAUAUUCUUGAUUUUUAAGCGGCAACUGUUGGACGUCUUUUGAGGCAGCCUUGCAGUGCAACGCAGUCCUUGAUUUUGCCCAGCGUUCUUAAAUGUACUAAUGUCGUGUCAAGUUGUUUGGUGGUCUCCUAUUGACAGAUCUCAGUAUGGCCUAGGUCAGAACCAUUAAAAAUGAGCCCUUUUAUUCAUGAGUCACACCAGCGUAGCUGUGAACUUAUGCAUUGUAUCAUCAUCCUAAUUACAGAUUGUUAAUUAAAAUAAACAUGUGGCCACUUCUAAAGUGCUGGUAGGGUUUUUGAUCUAGCAUGUCCGUUUUCCUCUGAUCAUAGCAUGCCACCCAGUUGUCAUUAAGGAGAAUCAUUGCCAUGUCCUGUCACUUUACACUUUGAUCAGAAAGCUUUGCUUUUGUCACAUUCCAUUAUAAAUGUCCAUCCAUCCAUUAUCCAACCCGCUUAAUCCUAACACAGGUUCACAGAGGUCUGCUGGAGCCAAUCCCA